ACUACUGAACGAUCAUAACCAUCACGUCCCGCGGUCGAGUCGCAAUGGACUCUUCCACCCUGCUAUCCCUCUUCAUCACCAUGACUGCCGCAAUUCUGCCCUCCACUGGGGCGUCAGCGUCAAAUCCCAAUUGCAGCGACUUAGUCACAUCCUCCUGCAAAAUGACGCCUCAUCCUGACAUCUGCCUGGACUCGCUCUGCUCCUACUCAUGCUUUCUGCAGGCCAAGAAACCCCAGAAACAGAAGAAAGAGCUCGUCAAGGCCGCCGUCAAUGUCACCCUCACCAAUGCCAAAAAUAUGACGGCCUGGGCUGUCAAAUUCUCCAGAGAUAACAGAGGCCUCAAUGGAACGGAGGGCGGCGCGCUCAGUGACUGUGUGGAGAAUUUUGGGGAUACAGUGGAUCAGAUCCAUGAUUCAUUGGCCGAGCUGAAGCAUCUGAGGUCUGAAAGUUUCAAAUUUCAGAUGAGCAAUGUGCAGACAUGGAUGAGCGCCGCCCUAACGAACGAGGAUAGCUGUCUUGAUGGCUUUGAGGGGGUUCCUGAUGGGAGGGUUAAAGGGCUUGUAGAGGGGAAAGUGCAGUAUGCUGAGAAAUUGAUGAGUAAUGCGCUUUCUUUGAUCAAUUGGCUUGCUUCCAGUGCAAGAUAUUCAAAGGUUGGGCUUUGGAGAGGGAGGCAUGCUGUUUAGGGUUUAGGGAGAGGCUUUAUGUUCUGAACUGGUGUAUUGGGGGCUGGUCUUUCGGUACCAGUGAGGAAUGGCUUUUAAGGUUGAAUUUGUAUUGGGAAAAUUUGUUUAUGCACAUUGCACAAACAAGAAUAUGCACCUGGGUGAUUUGAAGUGCAUUUUCUUUUUCGCUCUGUAUUCAGGAUUCAAUUGGUUGUUGGGUUCUGAUUCAUGAACCUUUUGAAUUGUUAUAGCCAUUCCAUUUGUGUGAAUUGUAAUUUUUAUUAAGUGAUCGGUUAAAUUUUUAAGUCCAUGCUCCUUGCAGCUGA